AUGCACUCAAUACACCUAUUCAUCAUUGCCAGCUUCGUCCACCAUGUUUUAUCUCAAUCCACCGAGUCCUCGAGGACCGGACUAGCCACCUCCGCCGUGAUCGCAGACUAUCCGACCUCUGGGACCAGCUAUGCCAACGAUGGGAUCACCAUCACCCUUCCUACCACCGUCGACUAUGCCAGCAUAACCGACCUCUCUUCCGCCAUGGGCACUGAUAAUACCACGGCUGCCGCCUCGACUUCCACCUCGGGCAACAGCACCACUUCAAGUCCAAGCCAGACUUUGUUGGUCGGGACUGCUCGGACGACGACAACGCUGAACGGGACUGCCACGCGGAAUGCAACAGCUUCUAGAACAACAAGCUCUGCCAGGCCCUCCAACACCGCGCCAUGCAAUGGACACCCUGAUUUCUGUCAACGGAAGUACAGCAACAUCACCUACAUUGCCGCUCACAACAGUCCUUUCAUCCGCCCGGGAAAUCUCGCGGCCAACCAAAUGCUGGACGUUGAGGCCCAACUGAACGACGGCAUCAGAAUGUUGCAAUUCCAGACUCAUUAUGUCAAUGGCACUGUCUACCUCUGCCACACCUCCUGCGACAUCCUCAAUGCCGGCACGCUCGAAGACUACCUGAUCACCAUCACUAAAUGGCUACGGGCCAACCCCUACGACGUGAUCGCAGUGUUGAUGGGCAACGACGACGUCAUCGACCCGAUGAACUUCACCGGCCCCGUAGUCAACUCCGGCCUGAUCGAUUUCGUAUACACUCCUCCGACCGUGCCCAUGCCGAUCGAGUCCUGGCCUACCCUUGCCGAAAUGAUCUUCCGCAACGAAAGGGCGGUCGUCAUGCUCGACUACCAAGCCAACCAGACCGCCAUUCCCUGGCUCCUGGAUGAGUUCUCGCAGAUGUGGGAGACGCCGUUCUCCCCCACGGACCGGGAUUUCCCUUGCACGGCCCAGCGCCCGCCUGACCGGCCGCGCGACGUCCGCCUCGACCGCAUGUACAUGGCCAACCACAACCUGAACCUCGAAGUCUCUUUUGCCGGGUUCGACCUGCUGGUCCCUUUCUAUCCACUGCUCAACGAAACCAAUGCCGUCUCGGGCUACGGGUCCGCGGGCGUCGCCGUGUCCAAUUGUACCCAGAUGUGGGAUCGGCCGCCGAAUUUCAUCCUCGUCGACUACUACAACAUCGGCAGCUACAAUGGCAGCGUGUUCCAGGUUGCCGCCGAGGCGAAUAAUGUCACCUAUAAUCGCGACUCGUGCUGUGGCACCGCAGGGGUCCAGAGCAUCGCUGCUCGACUGUUGGAGGGCAGCGAUGCGAGGAAGAUUUAUGUUUUCGUCGUCGUUGUUGGCAUAGCUUCGUCUUGGUUCUUAUGA